AGUGAAUGUGUGUAGUAGUUAGCUAUACCAUUAUUUACGUUUGAUCUACGAAAAACGUUCAUCUAUCUAUUUCAAACAAAUUUUCUACAACCGUCAAUAAUGGAAAUAGGAUCAGAAAUUAGUGGGAAAAUUAGGUCAGCGAUAAAGGCGAAAUUGGUAGAUUUAGGAGCCUAUGUUGAUGACGAAUUGCCGGAUUAUAUUAUGGUCAUGGUAGCGAAUAAAAAGACCAAAUUACAGAUGACUGAAGACCUAAACUUAUUUUUGGGUGAUAAUACGGAAAAAUUUACUGACUGGUUGCAUGUACAGUUAAAUAAGCUACAAUUAACUGGAAUAGAAAGUAAACCCCCAAACAAAGUUCCCAACAAGGAGGUUUCCAAAGUUACAACAGAGUCUCACAAAAAUAUUAAGCAAAGAAAAGAAAGAGCAAAAGAGAGAGUACACAAGAAUUCAAAAUCUGAAAAUGAAAUUGGCCAGAAAGCUGCCGGAUCUGUUGAAGAUCCUGACAUUGUAAGUUUGAGAACUGCUGAUAAUGAUAGAUUUGAUGAGGAAGAGGACGAUCGUUAUAAGGAGAGGGAAGCAAAAAGAGCCAAACCUGUGGAAAAAGUUAAACUAUCGGAAAAAACUGAAAAACCAAGAGAUAAACCUGGAUCUAUUAUAGGAUCUAUUGUUUGUCAUUCCGAUGACGAGGAAGAUUAUGAUCCAUCAAAACCUUCCAUAGCAAGUAAAGUUGAUGUCAUACGUAAAACUAGGUUACCUCAAACUCUACAGGCGAAUAAAUCUCUAUUGCUAAAAGCGAUGAAUGCCGCAAACCAAUCAGUAGAGACAGCAAAGAAAAAGCUACAUACAAAAUCGAGGCGAUCGAGAAGUCCUAUUGAUCAUCAAGUAUCUCCUCCUAAAAAACAGGAAAAACAGAAUCCCCAGAGUUUGAGAAGUAAGUCUCCUCCUCGAAAAAGAAAGGGAUCAACAUAUUUAUCAAGAGAGGAAGAAGAAGAGGAACGAGAAAAUUAUCGAGUGGUAGCAUCCAAUACCGGGGAUAAAAGAAAAGUCUUAAACAAGAGUCAGGACGUUAAAAAAGUCGAAGAGAAUCGAGUAAGAGAUGCUGUUCUCGGUGCUCUUAAAACAAAUAGAGCCGACGAUGAAGUCAAAGAUUCAGAUUCAGAUGAAGAAACUUUACGUGCUAAGGCAUUAGAAGCACAAAAGAGACGAACAAAUUCUCCUAAUUUUAUUGUCACAUUAGAUGGCAUAGAUCCUGAUCAAAUGGACUCUCAAGUUGAUUUCAGUUCUCCAAUCGAUGAAGAAGCUGAUAAUGAGAACAGUAGUAUUGACGUAACAGCUAAUUCACAAAGUAUAAAUGACAAGCAUACAUCACCUACAAAACCCGUUACAAUAGCUCUAAAUCCGGAUUCGGAUGAAGAUAUUAGCUUAGAUAAAAGAAAUUCGAAAGGUGAAGAAAAGUGUAAGUUUUGGCCGAAUUGUAGCAAACCGAAUUGCGGUUACUCACAUCCAAGUCAACCUUGUCGAAAUUUUCCUCAAUGUAAAUUUGCCGACAAAUGCUUAUAUGCUCAUCCUCCUUGUAAGUUUGAUGCUAGCUGUACAAGAUCCGAUUGCCCAUAUACGCAUACAAAGAAGGUUGCUGUACCUUUUGCGGCCGCGAAGAAUUAUCCGAAAGCAAAGGCUACUAAUGUUUGCAAAUUUUAUCCAAAAUGCACUAAAAUGGACUGUCCUUUUACUCAUCCUAAGCUUUGUCGGUAUGGAAUUGGUUGUACCCAAAAGACUACUUGCAUAUUUAUGCAUCCGGAAUUACCAUCUAGGGAUCAGCUAAAAUGGAAACCUCCUGCACCCGCUACUGAAGUAAAUGGACAAAAAGGAGAAGAAUAGGACUUUAAUAAUGUACAUAUGUAACUGAAUUUUAUUAUGCUAGAUGAUUUGGUUGAGAAUUAAUUGUGGAAAGAAAUAGAGCGAUACGCACUAAAAUAACUU